UUGUUAUUUAGUUUGAUUAAUUGAAAAGCACAGAACGAUGUCUGACAACAUGCAAAUUAAUGAGGUCCUCAGCAAAUUCUCCAUUAAAAAUGAAACUGCCGAAUCAAAUAAAGUAACUACUAUUGACCAAAACUACCAGGAAAUUAUAGUCAUAAGUUCAGAUGAAGAGGAUGGUGAAAGAAAACCGCCUGCGAUGGACACGAUCAGUAUUAGUUCAACGAAUGAAAAAUAUGAAGAGGAUGCAUAUGAGCGAAAUGACGAAAAGACAAACCUAAGCAAAGAAAAACAACAGAGGACUAAUUCUUGCCGGAACAUGAACAAAGUGAGAUUAGUUCGUAAGCCCGGUCAUAAGGAUUUGAAAAACGCCUUGAAAGAUAAAAAAAGGAGCAAGGAAGUAACCUCUAAAAAUAUGGUUUCAAACCCAUAUUUUAAUAAAUAUUUUUAUAAGUAUCACAGGCUGAGAAAACAAUUAAAAGCCAUGGUAGAACGUAUCUGAUGUCAGAAAGGAGUAUCCAAAAUAUAUAUUAUCC